AUGACUAAAGCUCACCCUCUUGAGUUGGAAAAAUUAAUAGACAAGAAGUUAUUAUUGAAAUUAAACGGUGGCAGAUACGUUCAAGGAAUGUUGUGGAGAUUUGACCCCUUUAUGAAUCUUGUGAUAGAUGAAUGUAUGGAGAUGGCAACUACUGCAAAACAGAACAAUAUUGGAAUGGUGGUAAUAUGA